UAGCAUCAUUUAACUUCAAGUAUGAGAAAGGUACGAGUAAUUAGCUCGAAUCAGUAGCGGAGUCAGUAGGGGGACAUGAAGACAGAUGUCCCCGCUUUUUUGAAAAAAAAAAAAAAACACGCGGACGCGUGAAACUUAGGAAGAAGGCAAAAAACUUUUGAAACAAAAACACGCGUGAAAGGAAGACAAGCCACGAAGCGACGGAGUAGUCAGGAGACGCCGAGACGAAGCGACGCCGCCACGCCCACCGCCCACCGCCCACCGCCAGUCUCCGUCGCCGAACUCAGUCAGUCAGUCGUCACUUCAGUAGUUCAGUCAGUCAAGGUGCGAAAUGCUUUCUGGAGUUAAAUUGAUUUCGCGGGAUGAGGUUGAGAAGGGUAAAACGGGGAAAUCGUGUGAUUCGAAGAAGGAUAGUAGAAAUUUGAGCAGCAAGAAAGAAAAGAGUAGGAGAAAGAAGAAAGGUUAUGAUAAUAGUAGUUCAGAUGAUGAAGGGAAUGUGAAAAUAAGGAAGGGUUCGAAAAAGAAGAAGUGGUACUCUUCUGAUGACGAUUCAGCUUCAUCUUCGGAGGGUGAAAGUGACAACAGUUUGGGAGGUGAUGGGAAGAGAUACAAGAGUCAUAAGCAAAAGAGUAAGCGUCGAGGUGAUGCCGACGAGAGUUCUAGGAAGAAGUCGAAAAGAAGCAAACGGGAGUAUUCUUAUGACGAUUGUUCCUCACUGAAUUCUGAGAGUGGAGAGGAUGAUUGUAGAGGAAAAAAGAAGCGGCAGAGUAAAGAUAACAUCGAUAUUGUGAGGAAAGAUAUGGGGUUGGACUGGAUGCUUAGACCAGCUGAAAGAGCAGGCAAAAGUGCUCCUCCAACGUAUGAGGAGCAGCCCGUGGAGUCUGAAACCAAAGAGACGGAAAAAGUAAAUCCCAGAGAACUAAAUCCUUAUUUGAGGGAUAAUGGAACUGGCUACCCUGAAGAUGAAGAUCAUACAAAGGUCAGCCGUGACCAGCUUUUGUCAUCUUCUGUAGUGGGGGAUGGUGGAGCAAGUUGGAGAUUGAAGGCUUUGAAGCGUGCACAGGAGCAAGCAGCACGUGAGGGACGAAAUGUGAAAGAAGUUGUUCAAGAACGGUGGGGAUCUCUUGGUGAUCUUGCGGUGUCUGUGACAUCUCGUAGGGCCGCUGCUCCUCGUGCUCAUUUGCAUGCCAUAAAAUCGCGGAAGAUAGAAUCAGGUGGAGAAGUUAAAUCUGACUCCAACGAUCAAAGUCAAAGGGACACUAAAAAGGUGAUUUACUUGUGUAUUGAUAUGGGACGUGAAUAUCUGAAGGAUGUUUCUGUCCGCCAUCCUGAUAUGAAAGCACCUAAAGUUCAUGAUUCGUUAUCAUGGGGGAGAAGAAAAGGUCAACAUAUGAGAAGCGAGGAUGCUGCGCUGGUUUCAAAUGCGCUCUCGAGCUUGAACAACUUUUCUAAUGAUGGAAGUUUUAUGAGUGAAUUCGUGAACCAGCAGAAAAAACCUGAACGUGGCUCUCUCGAAGCCUCAAGUUCAAAAUCUGAUGCUGUUGAAGAGGUGGAAUCUGAUUCAGCAAUAAAGAAAUCUAGCGAGGACAAGCAGCCUCUGAGUGCUAAUCAACUCGCAGCAAAAGCUAUGCAGCUAAGACUGAAAGGCAAGCAUGAGGAGGCUGAGAAACUUUUGAGAGAAGCUGAAAACACUAAAAUGGAUCACGGCGCUGGGGAACGAUUAGUAAAACUAAGAAAUGAUGUCAGCGCAAGCAGGUACGCUAUGCAAGAAAAACAGUUGCAGCAAAAGGGGAAGGAAGACGAUAGUGAUAGGCAUUUGGCUCAAACUAUAAUGAAGAAUAAACUAUAUAGUACUUCUUCUCAAGCUGAUGACGAAUAUGACUUUGAUAGAGCACCAUCGAAAAAGAGCAAGAAGAAAAGUGCAGAUCAUGAGAACAGAUCACAAGCUAGGCAAAAUGUGGGGAAGCGCAUUCUUACACAGCAGGAGCGUUGCCUAUUCUGUUUUGAGAACCCUAAUAGACCUAAACAUCUUGUUGUAGCUAUAGCAAAUUUCACUUACCUGAUGCUACCUCAAUUCCAACCCGUUGCCCCUGGCCAUUGUUGCAUCUUAACAUUGCAGCAUGAAUCAGCGACAAGAAUGGUAGAUGAUAAUGUUUGGGAAGAAUUCCGCAACUUCAAGAAGUGCCUUAUUAUGAUGUUUGCGAAGCAAGACAGAGAAGUGAUCUUUUUAGAAACAGUGCUUUGGUUGGCACAGCAGCGCCGUCAUUGCUUAAUCGAGUGCAUUCCUUUGCCCAAGGACCUUGCUAAAGAAGCACCUCUUUAUUUUAAGAAGGCAAUUGAUGAGGCAGAAGACGAGUGGAGUCAGCACAAUGCAAAGAAAUUGAUUGAUACCAGUCAGAAAGGGCUGCGUUCUUCAAUCCCCAAGAACUUCCCCUACUUUCAUGUGGAAUUUGGGCUUAACAGGGGAUUUGUACAUGUAAUUGAUGAUGAAACACAGUUUAAAAGUAGCUUUGGUCUCAAUGUUAUCAGGGGAAUGCUACAAUCCCAAGAUGAAAAUAUGUAUCGUCGUCGGAGGUACGAAUCCAUUGAGGUCCAGAAAGAAGCUGUUGCUGAAUUUGCAAAAGAUUGGGCAUCCUUUGAUUGGACUAAACAGCUUGAAUAAAUUUGAGUUAGUGCUAUAGAAACUUUUUUUUUGUUAAGUUGGAAUAUAGUUAGGAGCCUGUUGUAGUUUGGUUGAUCAAAAAUUUUGUAAAAAUGCCAAUUCUUUUUGAUGGUUUUAUACAGCAAUUAAAUAUAAUUACCUACUUUGAGAAAUGGUAAUUAUAAUUAUAUUUCCA